AUGGUAGAAGAUUGUCAAAAGCUUUGUGUGACGAUCGAUCCUGCUUUGUGUGGGUUUACUAGGGAUGACCACGUUAUAAUUACCGGUAACUUCGACAACUGGAACCCGGGACAAUACGUGUUGGAGUUUGACGCUGAUACAGGAUGUUUCAAGGUUCAAUUGCCCUAUGACGGUGUUAGUGAAACGAUUGUUUGUAAGUUUGUUGUCAACAACAACGAAUGGCAAACCCUUGAUUGUUUCGACAAACAUGUGGACAACAUGGGCCACGAGAAUAAUAUCAUCCAUUGUAAAGCGUGGUUACAACCCAGAGGUGCUAAUGCUAGUGCCGGUGCCGAUGCUGAUGCUGAUGCUGAUGCUGAUAUAGUAAUGGAGGAUGUCGAAUUGGACCUACACCCAUUGAGCAAUUCGGUCUCUCCAUCAGAUCUCCCUAUUGAACAGCUUGAUUUGGCUGCUACCAUCUCAAACAGUGACGAUCACGACUACAUACAUAUCACUUCUCGCGGUGAGUUAAGUUCGUCGGAGGAUGUUGAGUUAGAUCUGAGAACUGCAACUGGCGCUAUUGACGAUAUUCUGAAUCAUGAAAACGGUCAGCAAGGCCAAUCUGCUCAGAGUGCAAAAAGUUCUAAUAACACCGAUUAUCAGUUCUCCCACAAUCCCAUACAUGGACUUGUUGCAAAACUAAGACAUGCAACUACGUAUUGGAAGCGCUGA